CAGUUCACUAUAACCUGCCCUUGAUAUCAUCAGAAAAGAAAGGAAAAUAAGGGUACCACAUCAUCAACAUCCUCUCUCCUCCUUAUGUUCUCCUAGCUCUAUCCCCACAAUUCUUUCAAACUCUCUCUCCCCCCCUCAUCAAGCCUCAAUCAAAAGGCUUGAAGGGAAGAAGAGCAGCUCCAGCAGGGAGACAGGCAAGAAGCAAAGAUGGCAAUCUCCAGCCUACAUGCCACCACCUCUCUGCACUCCCCUUGCACCACCAACACAAGCUUCAGGCAGAACCAGGUCAUCUUCUUUACCACCAGAAGCAGCAGGAGGGGUAGUACAAGGCAUGGGGGAGCAAGAACCUUUCAGGUUUCAUGUUCAGUUGACAAGCCAGUGGUGAUUGGCCUCGCAGCAGACUCGGGAUGCGGGAAGAGCACCUUCAUGCGCCGGCUCACCAGUGUGUUUGGUGGUGCUGCAGAGCCACCCAAGGGUGGCAACCCAGACUCAAACACACUCAUCAGUGACACGACAACGGUGAUAUGCCUUGAUGAUUACCAUUCCUUGGACAGGACUGGCAGGAAGGAGAAAGGUGUGACUGCCCUGGACCCUAGGGCAAACGACUUUGAUCUCAUGUAUGAACAGGUGAAGGCAAUCAAAGAAGGCAAGGCAAUUGAGAAGCCAAUUUAUAACCAUGUUACUGGUCUCCUAGACCCACCAGAGCUCAUCCAGCCUCCCAAGAUUUUUGUCAUUGAGGGGUUGCAUCCCAUGUUCGACGAACGUGUGAGGGACCUCCUAGAUUUCAGCAUCUACCUGGACAUCAGUGACGAGGUUAAAUUUGCAUGGAAAAUUCAGAGGGAUAUGGCAGAGCGCGGUCACAGCCUUGAAAGCAUCAAGGCUAGUAUCGAGGCCAGGAAACCAGAUUUUGAUGCCUUCAUUGAUCCACAGAAGCAAUAUGCUGAUGCUGUGAUUGAAGUUCUGCCAACCCAGCUUAUUCCUGAUGACAAUGAAGGGAAGGUGCUACGUGUUAAAUUGAUCAUGAAAGAAGGUGUAAAGAACUUCAACCCAGUUUACCUCUUCGAUGAAGGAUCAAGCAUCACCUGGGUCCCUUGUGGAAGAAAGCUUACAUGUUCUUAUCCUGGCAUCAAAUUUGCCUACGGUCCAGACACUUACUUCGGCAAUGAGGUAUCGGUGCUGGAAAUGGAUGGCCAAUUUGACAGACUAGAUGAACUCAUCUAUGUUGAAAGCCACCUAAGCAACCUCUCAACCAAGUUUUAUGGAGAGGUGACACAGCAAAUGCUAAAGCACGCAGACUUCCCAGGCAGCAACAAUGGAACAGGUCUCUUCCAAACUAUCAUAGGACUGAAGAUUAGAGAUCUCUAUGAGCAGAUUAUUGCUGAGAGGGCCGGUGCACCUACUGAAGCGGCAAAAGUUUAAUGAGCUUCACAUUAAUAUUCCGUGAAUCUCUUCAUCACUAUAUUAAUGAGAAUGGGCAUCCUCAACAUUUCUUGUAACUAGUUUUGGAAACAUUACAGCUAGAAGAAGGUAGGAAGGUCAUUGCAUAACUUGUGAAACCAUGCAAUGGAACUUCUAAAAAUCCCUCUCCAUGGGAGUGCUCCUACAUCUCUUCGUGACACGUUUCAAUGUACAUCUUCUAUAUUUCAAUGUAGAAAGAAAUACAGUUGCUUUCUACUAUCAUAAUUAGGUGCUUCUUUCA